AUGGCUCCCAAAUACGUCCCGACCAACUCCCUCCUGAGGAGCUUGAACCAUGCCCUUCGAGAACACCGACAUCAACGCGCUUCCACAUUCCACCUCCCAUCGCACUGCCGUUCAGCAGCGACCUUUACACAUCGACAAUAUGCCCAAGCCAUAUCAGUAUUACCCACAGCAGUGGACAAAUCCAGCUCAGACUUCAAGGACAACGCCGCCGAGUUGGGCGACAUCAUGUCCAAAUACGCAGCCCUCCACCAGAAUAUCUCUCAAGGUGGCCCCGAAAAGGCCCGAAAGAAGCAUAUCGAACGGGGCAAGAUGCUAGCAAGAGAUCGUGUCACAGCCCUCAUUGACCCCGGGAGCCCAUUCCUGGAACUCUCACCGCUAGCUGCACACGAGGUCUACGAAGACGAAGUCCCCGCGGCGGGUGUGAUCACAGGGAUUGGCACCGUCGAAGGCGUCACAUGCAUGAUCGUGGCCAACGACGCGACAGUCAAGGGUGGGACUUACUACCCCUUGACGGUGAAGAAACAUCUUCGAGCACAGGAGAUUGCACAGCAAAACAGGCUACCCUGCAUAUACCUCGUGGACUCUGGCGGGGCGAACCUCCCGAACCAAGCCAACGUGUUCCCCGACCGAGACCAUUUCGGCCGCAUCUUCUUCAAUCAAGCCAGAAUGAGCGCCUUGGGCAUUCCUCAGAUCGCCGUGGUCAUGGGUCCGUGUACAGCCGGCGGAGCAUACGUGCCGGCCAUGUGUGACGAAUCCAUCAUCGUCGAGAAACAAGGGACCAUCUUCCUGGCUGGUCCGCCGCUCGUGAAAGCCGCCACCGGGGAAGUUGUCUCUGCGGAAGAUCUUGGCGGCGGGAGCUUGCACAGCUCCGUCUCCGGCGUGACAGAUUACCUCGCCGUGGACGAUGCGCACGCCAUCGUCCUCGCCCGCCGAAGCGUCGCCAAUCUGAACUACCCGCAAGAACAGGCCCCGCCUGUAGAACCUCGCGAUCCGCUCCACGAUCCCGCCGAACUCGCAGGCAUAGUCGGCACGAACCUCCGCAAACAGAUUCCCAUGCAUGAAAUCGUUGCCCGUAUCGUCGACGGCUCGGAAUUUGCCGAGUUCAAGAAAGAUUACGGCACGACUCUACUCACGGGUUUCGCAAGAAUCCACGGCUAUCAGGUCGGCAUUAUCGCCAACAACGGCAUUCUCUUCUCAGAGUCCAGCCUCAAGGGCUCUCAUUUCAUCGAACUGUGCUGUCAACGAAAGAUCCCGCUGGUCUUUUUGCAGAACAUCUCCGGGUUCAUGGUCGGUGCCGACGCCGAGAGGGGCGGCAUCGCGAAGAACGGCGCCAAACUCGUCACUGCGGUGGCGUGCGCGGAGGUCCCGAAGUUUACGGUGGUCGUGGGCUCGUCCGCCGGGGCUGGCAACUAUGGCAUGUGCGGCCGGGCAUAUUCCCCGAGAUUUCUGUGGAUGUGGCCGAACGCGAAGAUCGGCGUGAUGGGCCCCGAUCAACUUACUGCGGUGAUGGAGACGGUGGGCAAGUCGGUCGACGUCGGCCUGAGGGACAGGAUUGAAAGGGAGAGUGAUGCUUGCUUCUCGAGCGCGCGGCUCUGGGACGAUGGCGUCAUUCAUCCCAGCCAGACGAGGGAUAUGCUGGGCAUGGGGCUGAAGGCUGCGCUGGGAGGCAAGAACAAGAUCGAGGAGGAGAGCACUAGAUUUGGGGUAUUCCGCAUGUAG